AUGAGUGAUGGUUCGGUACAUGAUUGGUGUAGAAAAUUUAAAAACGGACUCACAGAUAUGCAUAAUGAAGAAGACCAAGGGCACAAAUCGAUCAUGACCGAAGACGUGGUUCACCAAGUUGACCAAUUUGUUCGACAAAACAAGCGUUUUACAAUUUCAGAACUUGCGACAAGAUUUUUCGAAAUUUCUCGAACUACUCUAUACCGAAUCGUAUCUGAAAGCUUGGGUUACCACAAGUUCUGUGCCAGUUGGGUCUCAAAACAGCUCACAGAUGUCCACAAGACCCAACGUGUCAAUUCAGGAAAAACAUUUCUCGGACGUUUAGAAAUGGAAGGUGAAGAAUUUUUACAGCAAAUUGUGACUGGAGAUAAGACUUGGGUCCAGUAUGUAAACUUAGAAAGCAAAGAACAGUCAAAGCACUGUUGA